UGGCCACAGAACUAAAAAUCGCCGGAAAAAGGGGUCGUCAUGUCCGCCAAAAUCGAUCAAAGUUCGGCUAUAUUUUUCAUAAAUUCUAAUAUCCUUCGGUAAAAAAAAAAAAAAACAUCGAACAAGAUGUGUAUUUUAGGGUACAGUUGAACAUAUUUCCGUCUAGAAAAGAUAACUUGCGCUUUCGUCACUUAGAAACUACUAUCCUUGUUCGAAAGAAGGCAUCUUUUAAUAUAUCCGUGGCCCUCUGAUAUUACUACAAAGGCUAAGCAAACGAAUCAAUAUUAGACAAGAUUAGACAAUUCCGAGAACCAUUGAUUUGCAUGACUUUACGGGCUCAUUUGACACAUUCAACAUGGCGGACCUGUACGUAUCCAAGCAAUAGUCCCAUCUUUCGUUCUUUCUAAAUUUCUUUCCGUCGCGCCCUAAAGGUGGGGUUGGUCAUGGCAGCUAUUUUUUUUUACAUUUUAUUUUACGUCCUUAUUUUCAAUAGGCUGGUUCUGUCUGGAAAAAAAAAAAAACUGCGUUCUCCCUGUUGAUUGGUAGAAAGACGAUCGUCGGUUGACGGAGUCUGCGCAAUAAGUCAGCGCUAAAAUUUCAAAUUUGAACGGAAGUUAUUUUAUCGAGAGACAGGCGAAGAGACAAAACGCAGGUCCCUUUGCUUCUUUGCGUCCUCUCUUUCAUUUUAGUGUACUUAAGGAUUUACAAAAUCAUUAGCCAACAUUAUUGCUUUGAAUGGAUCCUUUUACGGAGAAACUGUUGGAACGGACACGGGCUCGCAGAGAGAACCUACAGAAAAAGAUUGCAGGAAGACCAAAUGGAGGAGGGCAAUCGAUAGCGAAAAGAUCCAGAGAGCCUCUAGCUGAUGCAAAUAACGUGAUCACUGAAACAGUUAUUGCUGAAGUUCCCCAGACAUCCUUGAAACCUUCUCCAUCCAAGCGUAUGUGUUCAGCAGAAAAUAUUAAACCUGCAGAGGGAGAAAAUGAGACGCAACCGCUAACCCCUGUGCUCACAGAUCCUGAAACAGCCCCUAAACCCCCCAUCAUCCCUACAUGUGUCCGACCUUCAUCUUCCAAAGGGUUGACUGAAGCCCCACAAAUUUCUCUGGCCCAGUCAGGAGAGUUAAAAACUGUUCAGAUAGAUUUAGAAAAGACUGAUUUGGCUGCUACUCCAAAAUUGCAGACGUCCGGGGUCAUUCCUGUUCGUCCUGCUGCACUAAGGAGCAAGGACGACCCAGUGGAAGAGUCAUCACCCCUUGCCAGGAGUAUGAAGUCACGUCUACAGAAGCUUGCUGAACAGAGGAAAUUCUGGGAUUCCACUGAAGGCGCUGGAAGAGCUGGUGGCCAGGAUGUGGAGGCCUGCUCUGGACCAAGUUUGUAUUGCGUGCAAGUCCUCAAUGAUACUCCACCUACCUCCCUCUUUAGACGAAAUGAUAUCAAAACAUCUGGCAUAGCCAUACCCUCAGAAACUCCAGUGGGACGACGGGAAAGACUCGCCACCCUUGCUGCCACGAUUGGAACUUGGGAAGAUGACUUAAGCCACGCGAACUUUUCAAAAGAGGAAUUCCCUGCAAAGCCUGCUGUAGCCUUUGGUUCCAAGUCAAUCUGUAGAGAUGCAAAUUUGGCUGCUUCCACUAAACAAAGGCCUAAGCCUGUGAUGACAACUUCAACAAUGAGCAAGUUUUCAACUGUCCAAAAUCAGGCUGUGUACCCUUCAACCAGGUCAAGCUCUCAGAAGACGGACAGUCUGACAAACAAACCAACCCUUAAAUCAAGUACAAGCCCCCAAAAGACCUCAGUCCAGGCAGCAUCUGUUUCACCAGGUUCUACAUCUUCAGGAUCACGGCAAUAUGAUCCUGUUUCCAGGGGUCCCAAUUAUACGUCUCUCCGUCAAAAGCCACAACUCUGUUUCAAGCAACCUAUGUCCAGCUCUGCUGUCCCACUGGCGAAGGCAAAAGCUAUUGCCCCUGGUGUUCAGGUAAAGUCUUUCCUGGACCGGUUUGAUGAGAGAUGCAAAGAGCGCACAAUCUCCCGAGCAGCCGGAAGCAACCAGCUAUCCAAGGAGCGUGAAUCUGAGAUGGCUCGGGAAACCAAGAAAUCCACAGACCUCAAGGAAUGCUUUGACAAACCUGUGGAGAGCAACAUUGCCCUGUGUCAGCCAAAAGAUGAAGCAAAAUCACUUUUUGAGGAUGCGGAAACUGCUGCAAAGGGUCUUCCUCCAGGUUAUGGGUUCCAAGUCUCUUCCCCACCAUCCACAACUCAUCCAAUGAAAGAUGUUACCCAUAGAGAAAAUGAUCAAAUUGCUGAUAUGACAAAAGUUGAAGACUACAAUGAAGACAUGGAGAUAGAGUUGAAUGAGGAUCAGUCAAUCCACUCUGCAGUUAUCAAUGAUCUAUUUGAAGGAUUUCUGGAGCAGUGUGAGAACCAGGAUCAUGAGGGGGAAGAUGCCUUGAAUAUCUCUUCCAUGUCUCUACUCACACCACUGGCAGAGACUGUGGCUGCUGUCAUGAAGAGUCCAGAGGAGAUAAUGACGUCAACUCCAACUAGUUCAUUCACUGUGAAAAAUAACACUCCAGACAAAGUUUGCCAAAUAUCUGCAUUCCAGAGAGCCACCAGAAGGAGUUCCACAUCUGACAACGACGUCCCAGAUGAGGACAAUAAAUUACCAUACAGUAUUGACGCAUAUAGGUCUACUCGGGUGAAGGAGUCUGAAAAAAACAGCAUUGAGGUGAUGGUGAAAAAAGAGCAGAGGAGAGCAGAGGAACCACAAGGAUCCAGGUUGCUUGGAAAAAAACUGAAGUUAAAGAUUUUCACAAAUGAUAUGAACCUGCAGCAAACAAUCAUAUACCAGGCCAGCCAGGCUCUCAACUGCUGCACAGAUGAGGAACACGGGAAAGGAUCCCAGGUAGAGGCUGAGGCUGAGAGACUCUUGCUCGUAGCAAGUAAGAAGAGGGAGGCACUCAAGAGAGAGCUCCAACGUCUGGAAGCUGAGGGCUCAGCGAGCCAAUAUCCUUUUGCUUCAGAACCCACAAGCGUCUUAGCCUCAAAGGGCUCCAUCUGGCUGCAAGAGUUACGCUUGCCUCUUAAGGCAGACUUUGUUUGUUCGACUGCCAAUAACCCAGAAUCAAUGAAACAUUCGUUCUUCAUAAUGAUUCGGGCUGGAGUUGAAAACAUAGUGGCCACUCCCCUCGCGAGCACACACCAUGGGUUCAGUGGAGACACCCUAACCUACCCGACUAAAUUCAACAUAUCUGAUGUCUCAAGUGAGUUUGCUAUUGACCUUGAAGUCUAUUGUCUAAUUCAAAAGUGUGAAAUUACUGCUGACAAGAAGAAGAAACUCAACAAAUCAAAGGUCAUCACCCCAAAGAAAUUUUUGGCUAUUACGAAAAGCGGACACACACCAGUUGUUACAAGUCCAGGUGGCCCAAGUGCUGUUCGUACCAGUAACUUUGUCCUGGUUGGAUAUCACAAGCUCACUCUUUCUUCGAUUGGACAAAACAAGUUUCCUUUGGAGAAGAUCCCAUUCUUGUGUCCUCUUGAGGGCCACAUCUACCUCAGGAUGCUCUGCGAAGUUGGCUCGAAGGUGGAGGAAAAAGGCUUUCUGACCAUGUUUGAAGAUGUUAGUGGAUUUGGAGCCUGGCACCGAAGAUGGUGCAUCUUAUCCGGAUAUUGUAUCUCCUACUGGACUUACCCAGAUGAUGAAAAGAGAAAGAAUCCCAUUGGCUGCAUCGAUCUUUCUAACUGCACCACUGAGAGGGUCGAACCAGUCAAGAGAGAGUUUUGUGCCAGACCAAACACAUUCGAGCUUGUCACUGUCAGACCAGAAAGAGAGGAUGAUAAAGAGACACUAGUUAGUCAUUGCAAGAACACCAUGUGUGUUACCAAAAACUGGCUGAGUGCAGACACGAAAGAUGACAGGAAUUCAUGGAUGACGACGAUAAACCAGGUUUUAAUGGAUUUGCGCAUGUGGCAACCAGAUGCCUUUUACAAGCCUCUGUAAUCAGUGCACAGACUGCCCGCUGUUAUAUUAUUCUCAAUGCUGAAUACACGGAAUUUCUAAGUGCAAUAAAAUUCUUUGACACGUUAUCCUAUAUUGUAUCGACAUGACUAUGGAUGUUGUGAGUGACAGACUGGAGGUUAGAGGAGAAGCAAACCAUUCCUUUGAGUCUUUUAUGUCUGUACUUCUGUAAUAAUCACUGCCCAUCAUUGUCAUAUACAGUAUCAUAAAUUUCAAAUUUCUUUCUUCA